CACACAGGGAGGAGGAGGAGGAGGAGGAGGAACAGUUUCUGUAACCACAUGUUGCUGCAGCAGCCACCGUCUCCUCUCCUCGCUCUGCAUGUGUACUUCCUGCCACCUGUGGCAGCACUCUUAGUCCCUCUAUACAACAAAAAGCCAAUAAAGAAAAAAUAAUCCUCAGAGCUUGGGGGGCGGAUUUCUUUAAUGACAAAAGGAAUUGCAGAGAGAGAGAUCUCCGCUGCUGUUGACACAAAUGAAAGAAUCUUAAAACCGGCACGAUGCCUGGACUCAUUAACAAGGAGAGCCGGUGUGCUCUGCCACUCAGUGUGUGUGACAUCACUUCCUGUGUCCGCGGGUAUACUUUGGCUCUGACAGCUUCUAUGACCUAUGAGAAUAUUGAGGAUCAUGCUAUUGAAGGGAUCUUUAUAUACCCACUGGAGGAGAAUUCCAUUGUUGUGGGCUUUGAGGCUAUGAUAUCCAGUCAAAUUAUUUCACUGCAAAUAAAAGGCAAAGCAAAGAUCGAUGACUGUUAUGCGGACAGCUGCCACACAAACGGAGCUCUGCAGAGUGGCACCGGGCACAUCCUUGUGGAUGAGGACUUUGAGAGGACGGUGUUAGUGGUGAACCUUGGAAGUAUCCCUCCAAUGGAGACGGUCCAUAUCCUGGUCAGUACUUCUUCAGAACUCUCCACUCUACCCAGCGGGGGCAUCAGGGUCUCAUCCCCACCUGUUUGUACCCCUCGGGUGCAGAGAACUAUCAACGAGGAGCAGGGAUUGUCCCCAAACUUCUCCAGAGCGCGUGAAAGACACAACUGUCCCUCAAGUCCUCAUGAUCCCAAUCCACAUGUCCCCCAGCUGUGGUUGGCUGCGCUGCUGGAGGAAGAAGCCAUCAACUCCAUGGAUUAUGAGUUUAACUUCCAGCUGGAGAUCCGGGCUCCCUAUCUGCUCGCAGGUGUGGAGAGCCCGUCUCACGCCAUCCGUGCCGACGCGGACCCCCUGGCCCGCUCUGCCACCAGCGUGGUCAUCACUCUAGCUGACAAGUACACGUAUGACUUCCCUGUGGUUAUCCUCAUCUACCCCAGCGAGCCUCAUGUGCCCCACGUGCUGAUUGAGAACGGAGACAUGACGCAGGAGGAGUACGACGAGUUUCUUCACAGCCGCAAUGAUUUCAUCAAAGCCACAAAGAAAGAUUCCAGCAACCAGAGGAAGGUAGAGGUGAUUCACAGGAGACUGCAUAAAGACAUCCUCCACAACCCUGUGGCCAUGUUGAACUUUUGUCCUGACCUCAAAUCUGUCUGCUCCGACCUGAGGAAGGUCCAUGGAGAAUUCAUCUUCCUCAUCGACAGAAGCGGCAGUAUGAGCGGAGUCAACAUUCAUCGUGUCAAAGAUGCCAUGGUGGUCAUUCUGAAGAGCCUGGUGCCUGGCUGCCUCUUCAACAUCGUUGGAUUUGGAUCUACCUUCAAAUCACUUUUUACAACCAGCCAGAACUAUGAAGAGGAGGCCCUGGCCCAGGCUUGUGAUUACAUCAGGAGAAUCAGAGCGGACAUGGGGGGAACCAACCUCCUGGCACCGCUCACCUGGAUCCUGAGGCAGCCGAUGAUCAGUGGCCACCCCAGGCUGCUCUUCCUGCUCACAGAUGGCGCCGUCAGCAACACAGGCAAAGUUAUUGAGCUGGUCCGCAGCCACACACGAUACAUCAGAUGUUUUCCAUUUGGAAUUGGACAGAAUGCCUGCAGGAGGCUUGUGCAGGGGCUGGCCACAGUUUCCAAAGGAGCAGCAGAGUUUCUGGCUGACGGRGAGAGGCUGCAGCCCAAGAUGAUAAAGUCACUGAAGAAAACCAUGUCUCCGGUUCUCAGUGACAUUUUCAUCGAGUGGCUCUUUCCUGAAACCAAAGAGGUGCUGCUGUCUCCAGUUGGCAACACCUUCCUCUUUCCGGGGGACAGUCUCAUUGGCUACAGUGUGGUUUGUGACACUACCCGUUACCACGACAACCCCAAAUCUGAUAAGAGGCGGCGUUACAGCAUGAUGCGCUCUGUUGAGUCAGCCAGCUCCGUGUUUUAUCACUCUCAAGAAGAGGAGUCGGGGAAGACAGGUGGGGACAGCCAGGGGUCCCGCAGGGAUGGACCCUUUGGCACGCUGCAGGACUGCUGCAAGGACUCUGAGACAGACGCUGGCCUGGCAGUGUCAGAGCGAGACAUCACAGAUGACACUUCACCAAGGAGGCGUGCGUACAGCACAAACCAGAUCACACAUUACAACCCAGCCAAAAAAACUUACACAUCCAGUGACCCAGGCUCGGUGGUGGCCAAGAAUCCACUGAGGAGGUCCAAAGUCCAGGAGCUGACAGGCCAGAUGAGUCCUGAGCAGGAAGUUCAGUGGAAGAGCGACUACCAGCCACAUGUGGCCAGCCUGUGUAAAGGACGACCUGCCAGCUGUCACAUGCCGGCCCCUCAGCAGGAGCCACCUCCACAGCAGGAAGAGGACUCUGAGCUCCAGGCCCAGCUGCAGGACUCCUCUCAGCCCAAUGACAGCAGUGGGGCGCCUGUGGCUCAACACCCUGCUGGGGAGGAUGGAUCCAGGUCAUCCACUGACAGCCCCUCUGUUGGCAGCAUUGGAGACACAGAGGGAUAUGGACACCAGCUGUGUCAAGCAGAAACCCCUCAGGAUCUUCACACGUCAGAUCUGGGCCCUGCGGACCACUGUAGAGGAGACUGUAAGGCAGUGGUGUCAGGACUGUUGUGUGGGAAACCCAUGAAGUGGGAGGUAACCUUUGACAUCAAGCCUUUUCUGAGUGGGCGUGAACGUGAGGAAAAGGUUCACGAGGACCUGUGGAAUGAAACCUUCCACCACCUGGCCGGGCGCUCCAUCAUACGGGACUUUGAGCACAUGGUGGAGAAGGAGUCUGAGAUAGAGCACGGUUCUGGCAGGAAGUACCAGCUCUAUGCCAUUCACACCAGCAAAUCUUGCAACAUACUGAGCAAAUACACAACRUUGAUCCCGAUUGACCUGGACACCAAUGAGUAUUUACAGACAUGUGUUGAAUACAUAAAUGCUGGCGAAGGUCAGAAGAGGGGGUCCAGGUCUCGAUCAGGAAGCCGGAAGAACAGAGGUCACUCCAUUGGACUGGGUCGCUCUCAGUCUGGAGGCACACCAGAAGAUGUUGACGAUGUCCUGCUGCCCUACAGUGCAGAGGACGGUGUUUCUCCMUGCAGCACCCCCUCCUCUGCUGGCUGGGAGAAAUGCAGCUUUACAGAAGUCUCCCAGAGGAGUCCAUCUGUGACCUCUGACCAGUCCCAGAAAUCUGUGGAGAGCCUGUUCUCUGCCAGGCUGGCCCUCAGCAGGACUCGCCUCCUGACUCGAGCUGCUAAAGGAUUCAUGUGCCGAUCGCACAGCAAGUCGGCCGAUUCUAUGGGAGAGAGUGAGAAUGAGAACAAAGACUACAUUCCUCUGGUGUUGCUGCAGCUAGCCAGCGGUGCGUUUGCCCUGGACUCGGCUCUGUGUGAAGCCAUUAAUGUGCCGAUGGACAAGCUGAAGUGGACGUCUCCGUUCACCAGCCACCGAACAAGCCUGGCCCACCCGUCCCACUCCAGCAGCAGCCGCCGCGUCGACGACGGGUGCAGAUCGCUAUUUGAGCCAGAACUGUAUGCAGAGCAGGCAGCGUCAGUCCACGGUCCCUCUCUGUCCUCGAAGCACGUCUGGGCAGACGCCAGUCCCUCGUUCCACGGGGAGUCUGUUGAUCCUGCUCUCUCUCUGGCAGACGUACGGAGCUCGGGGAGCUCGGACACGUCACCGGGCGGCGCGUCGAAGAGGAUGCUGGAUCCAGAGAGCAUGGUGUGGGCAACGGCCGUGGCCCUGGCCUGGCUGGAGCACAGCUCAGCCAGUUAUUUCAUCGAGUGGGAACUGGUGGCGGCCAAGGCCAGCAUGUGGCUGAGCGCACAGGAAGUCCCAGAAGGGAAAGAUUUAGCCUCCAUCAAGGCUGCUGCCAAUCAGCUCUUCAUCAUCCUCAGACACUGGGAUGAAAACCUGCAGCUCAACAUGUUGUGUUACAACCCCAACAGUGUCUGAGGCCUCUGCAGGGUCUCAGACCCUCACCAUACUAUGCUGAUCAAAGCUGGACCAUUUCCUGCCCAGCACUUUCUGCUCUGGAGUCUGGUUUUAGCUGUUGCAGUUGUGAAUAAUGUGUGUUUUGCUCUGGUUGUGUGCUGUUCCUCCAAACAUAUCACAGGCUCUUCAGACACCUGGGGCCAAGGACGUUCAGGAUCUGGUCUGGGUCAGGUGYGUCCGAGUGAAGCCACAUAUGUGUGAUGUAAGAACAUCAGUGUUGACGUGGAAGCAUGUCCAUAAGGUUCAGAGAACAACUUUUGUCUUCUUCUUGCUGUUCUGAAUAGGAUGCUGCAAAACAGAGACUUUUCACUGAUUUCUCGUCUCUUACUGGUUUCACAUCUUUACUGCAUUUAGAGAAGUGAUGGUGUCGUAACAAACUAUCUUGGUUGUUUUUGGUCUUCUUCAGUUAAACUGUAGCAAAGAAAAAUAUGCAAAGAGCUGAAGAAAAUGAUAUGUGGAUCAUAUCUAAACAUAAAUGUAGUUUAAAUGAAUGUUUCCCUCUAGCAUGCAGUUAAUGCACAGAAUUCUUUCUUUUUUUCUUGGGUUCUUCUGUUAGUUGGGUUUUAUUCUGAURCAGAGUCAGGUCUACCAGCAGUUUGCAAUUUUAAAAUAAGUCCAGUAAAAAAAUAAAAUGUUUAAAAACGGCCUGAGCCUUCCAGGUUUAACKUCAUUAGAACUAAAUCCACCAAAAUACUUGAAUCAUCUGUUUAAUAAUAGCGCCCAUUCUUAAAGAAGUCUAUUAAAUGAUCGUGUGAGACAUGGAAGCUAAUAAAUAUUUAAGUUAAAGUUGUAAAUGAUCAAACUGCAGAGCUUAGUUUUAAUUUUACUGAUAAAAGACUAAACRUACCUAAAAAUGGAUCUGCAAGCAGCUGGUGUGCCCAACAUGAAGCCCCGCCUACACAACUGCAGAUAUUUAUAUUUAUUAUUUCCACUUAUUAUAACUUGAUGACACAGUGUUAACACCAAGCAGCUGGCAAAAAUGUCCACAAUGACAUUUUGGUGGUGAAGCAUUAAUAAGUUAUUUUUAGUUGGAAACUAUUUCAGCUCAUUAUUAAAAGCCGCUGGAUAAAACUGGUAAAAACUGCUUUAUUGUUGUAGUUUUGAUGUCACAAAGUGAGAGUGGACCUGAGUAACUAAAUCAGUUCAUCUGUUUCUUUACCUGAUUUCUCCUGUUUGGGUUACAGAGGACUUGGUGUGAGAGAUGGGGUUCCACCUGGACCAGUCCUCAGUCCCUGGCUGUUCUGUCACACUUUCUGAAUGUUUUUAUCUCAACUUAAAAAUCCACUAAAAAUAUUGUUUUUAUAAAAUCUCUUUUCAGGACAGUGCUUUGAAAGAUCAACAUUUUUUUCUAGCUAAAAACUGAGCUGUAAUGACCAAGUACAUGCGGGCGAGUGGGCGUGUCACAAGGAAAGGCGAUUCUAAAGCGACAC